UACAAUGACCUAGCUCUGGAGGACUAUAUGCCCACAGUCACCGGCUCUCCUGUACCGCAUCAUCUGGGUGCUCGUGAUGUGGACGAGUAUUUGGACCGGUCCCGUCACAAAGUGGUGCAUAUUGUCAAACAGGCAGGCUGUCUACUGGGCUUCUCAAUUGCGGAGUAA